AUGCCACAACCAACUAUAACUAGUUGUUACGAUCAUGACAAAAAUGGAAUAAAAAGAGUUGACUGUUUAUUUGUUAAAGGAGAGCCAAAAUCCAUCAAAAAUCAAGCUGGAGAUGAUAAAAUGAUUAAAUUCAAUAUUACUUGUAAUUUUCCAGAAAAACUAGGUUUUUGUGACAAAGUUACAAAAAACUUGGACAUUACAGGGAAAAUUAUUUCUGAUGUUAUAAAAUUUAGCGAACCUAUCACCGGUGGAGAUGGAGUGGUCAGACUAUACCCACAAUCAUUAGUAAAGCAAUUCGGACUUGCAACACAUCCGGAAUUUUUGCCUUCUGACAUAAAUGCAGAGUUUAACUCCAAUUAUGAAUAUUGGUUUGAAGACGAUGUAACUCCAAUUAAUCAAAAUCAGACAGCAUUUGUACUAUUGACGACACACGAACUCAUGCAUGGCCUGGGAUUUUUGUCAUUAUGGGAUAACUAUUUGUCACCGACAGAAUUGGUACCACAUAUCAAUUACAUUGAUGCUCCUACCCCUCCAGCAAUAAUAUUUAAUGGUUUUUUUGAGAGUAUAUUUGAUAGGUUUUUGAUAGUAUCAGAAAGUGGCACACCAUUAUCCAAUGAGACAGUACUCAAAAUAUUUUCACAAGUUAGUUUAAAAGCAAAUGAUUUUUUAAAAACCCGAUUGGCAUGA